UCCACACUCGGGGGCGGGCUCUGCCCAAGCCCCGCCCCUGCUCACACGCUGCUGUAGCAGCAGCAGCGGCAGCAGCAGCAGCAGCCGGAGCUGGCGUGCACACUGCAGGCAUCUGCUGCUGCGAUGGCACUAGCCACAAGCGACGCCGCUUACUUCCGGAGGAGCAGCCUGUUGUGGUUCACGGUCAUCCCCGUGUCCUUCGGGUACUACACGUGGGUUGUCCUCUGGCCCCAGAGUAUCCCUUACCAGAGCCUUGGGCCCCUGGGGUCCUUCACACAGUACCUGAUAGACCACCAUCACACCCUCCUACACAAUGGGUUUUGGCUUGCCUGGCUAAUUCAUGUGGGAGAGUCCUUAUAUGCUAUGGUAUUGUGCAGGUCUAAAGGAAUCACAGACAGCCGGACUCAGCUCCUCUGGUUCCUACAGACGUUUCUCCUUGGGAUAGCAUCUCUCUCCAUCUUGAUCGCUUAUAGACCAAAGCACCAAAAACGCACUUGAAUCUGUACUCUCUCCAUUUGUACAUUCCAUUUUUUCUUUUUGGAGGUGCUAGGUUUACUUGAUCAUUCCACUUUCUAGGAAGUACCUGCCCUGCUAAGUUAUUUAAGACCCUCUAAUUAGGCAUCUUUCUCUCCUGUGUUCUGUUUAAGCUUGACUAGGUCAGGUUGUUCCUUAAGAAAGAACUGGGCACCUGUGGCUCACGCUUGUAAUCCUAUAGCUACU